UGUUUGAAGGAGCAUGGACGCAGGAAUUAGCCAUUCACUGUCGGGUGUCUUGCAAGAUUAUGCGCGGCUGAUUUCAGUGGAAUGGAUUGUAUGGAUUCUUCUACUCAUUAGCAUGACGUUGCAGAUUGUUUUGGUUGUUCUUGGUGCGCGCAGAUAUAUGAGUUCAUGUGGAAUUUUUCACUUUGUGGUGUGGGGAGCUUACAUUUCUGCGGAUGCUGUGGCCAUAUCUGCACUUGGAACCAUGAUGUAUAGUGUUCGGAGUGGGAUAUAUGGAAUAUGGGCUCCAGUGUUACUGCUGCAUUUGGGGGGACCUGAUGCCAUAACUGCCUAUUCCACGGCUGAUAAUGAGCUAUGGUUGAGACAUGGAUUCAAUAUGGUCUAUCAAGUUUUAGUGGCAGUGUAUGUUAUUUAUUCAUCAGCAUUGGAAGGCCACGCAUUGGUUUCUGCCAUCCUUCUGCUGGUUGUAGGAGCCGCCAAGUAUGCAGAGAGGACGCUUGCUUUGUGGUACGCUAGCGAUUUUCAAAUUGUCAUGUCAUGUCUGCCAAUUUCAAAAUAUAUAAAGGAAAAAAAUGUUGUACAAGAUCGUGGGUAUGUCAUUAUGGGAGAGAAGCAACUGCACAGAAUGAUCGAAAAAGAGGGGGGAAAAUCUUCAAUGCAAGGAAAAGAUAUGGAAGCAGGGCUCCAGGCGGCUUCACUGGAAGGAAGAGAUAUAGAAAUAGAACCAGAGGCACCACAACAGGAAGGAAGAGAUAGAGAAGCAGGGCUCCAGGCGACUUCACUGGAAGGAAGAAAUAAAGAAAAAGGGCUAGAGGUGCCUCUAUUGAAAGGAAGAGGGAUAGUAACUGUUGAGGAUCUCAGGAACGCUAAUAUAAAAGUCGGUGGGGACUACAAUCUCUGCCUUUCCCAUGCGUUGUACAAAAUGUAUAUGCGUAGGUUUGUAAGUUUGUAUUUUGAUGAAGGGGAUUGGAAGGAGACAAAAGCUUUAUGGGGUGAGCUUACUGGAAAAGAAGCAUUUAGAAUUGCAGAGAUGGAAUUGAAAUUCAUAUACGAUGUGCUCUUCUCCAAGGGAAGCGGCAUAGCCUUCAGUAGAUUUGGGAUAGUAAUGCGCCUUCUGAACUGCAUUCUCAUGGGAGUGGCAGGGUUUCUGAUACUUAGAUCACAAAGAGAAGCACAGUGGCUGGUGACAUACAUUGUGAUUUCAGUGGCUGUUGUGGUGGAGGUGUUUCAGUUCUGCCGAAUUCUGACAUCAGACUGGACACGUGUCCGCUUGAUUUGUGCCCACGUUGAGGAAACUGCACAUACCCCCUUCCCGAACACUGUUAAGUGGCGCAGAAUCAAGUUGAUGUUGAUAAAGACUGCAGUGCUUGCGCUGGGCAAGGUUCAGAAAUUUGUUGGAGGAGAUAGAUACUGGAGCAAUGGAAUUCACCAGCACUGUCUAAUAAGGACUUGCCAUAAUAGGUCUCGUUUCAUGUGGAAGAUGACUAAAUCCAUCCCAAAGGCAGACAAUUUUAUUGUAAGCUGGCACAUCCACAAAGUGCCUGCCGAAGAGGAGCUUAGAAACUUCAUUUUUAACAUCCUAAAACGGAUGUGUUCUCCGGAGAGUGAUAGCGAAACAUGCAGAGAUGGAAUUUACAACUUUGAGGAGGAUUUGCUCAAAGAGGAACCAGAAAUCAGAGGUAUCAUGUCGUCGCACGAGAAUCUGGAGGAGGUCAUUCUGAUAUGGCAUAUAGCUACCACAAUGUGCGACACCCGAAGAGAAUCAUCCGAAGAGAUCGAGAAUGUACGGUCGAGUAGAAUACUGUCGAGGUACUGUGCAUACCUUCUAGUGUCACGCUCCCGUCUUUUGCCCGUCCACCCGGCUAUGGCAAACAUUACAUACAUGCAACUUGUGGAGCAACUUAUGGGGAAGAAAUAUUAUGGUAAAGACCCUGCACAACUGUUGGACUGCAAGGACAGCAGUGUACUUGGCUCUGGGGCAAAACUAGCCUGCGAGCUGCUAGAAAAAGGAGAAGAUGAAAGGUGGAAGUUAUUGGCGGAGUACUGGGGUGGAUUGGUGAUAUACAUGGCGGCGUACAAUAAGGCAACGUUUCAUGCGGAGUGCCUGGCUUGUGGAGGGGAAUUUCUGAGUCAAGUGUGGGUUUUACUGGGUCAUUUGGGAUGUGGAGAACAGUCUGACUCUGCCGUAAGAAAGAAGAUUGAGAGGUCCAUGGAACCAGAACGGCUGGAACGGAAACGGCUGCUGGAACGGCUGGAACGGCUGGAACGGGAACGGCUGGAAUGGCUGCUGGAACGGGAACGGGAACGGCUGGAACAGGACCAGCUGCUGGAUGAGAAACGACUGCUACGGGAAGAGCUGGAAUGGGAGCUGGUACUGGUACGGGACCAGCUGUUGGAUGAGAAACGGCUGCUACGGGAAGAGCUGGAACGGGAGCUGGUACUGGAACGGGAAGGGCUGCUACGGGAACGGCGGGAACGGGAAGGGCUGGAACGGGAACGGGAAGGGCUGCUACGGGAACGGCUGGAACGGGACUAGCUGCUGGAUGAGGAACGGCUGCUACGGGAAGGGCUGGAACGGGAGCUGGUACCGAAAAUGCCGGAACGGGAACGGCUGAUACUGGAACGACUGGAACGGGAACGGCGGGAACGGCGGGAACGGCUAAAGGUUGGAAGGGGAAUGGUUGGAACGGGAAAGGUUGGAAAGGGAUCCCUUGGGGUUGGAAGGGAUACGGAUACGGCGGAUACCGCCGGAGCAACGGGGGCUCGUGGAAUGGGGACUACUGCUUGGGGAGCUUCGGGAUCAACGAGAGCGUCAGGAGUUCUUGGAAAGGAUGCAAGAGCGGUAUAAAGAGGAGCUACCAAUCUCUUGGAAACAGAAGUUAAGGGAUUACUGGGCACGCGAUGCCGUAGAGCGUUUGGAACGGAAUCAACGGGAACGACCAUGAUCCGUUGGGAACGGAUUCAACGGGGAACGUCUACGCAGCCCCCAAAAUUGCACUCAUCAUGCAUGAUGGCCAUGAUAUGCCAUGGAUAACUGCAGGUUAAUAAUUUAUUUUUGCCCUCAUAAAUAGCUUCUUAUAGGGGAUAACUGCAGGUUAAUUAUUAUUUUAUUUUUUUGGUCCUCCGCUCUUGGUGGAUAAAUGCAUGUAUAAAAAUUAAAAUUUGCCCCCUUCA